CACUGCUCUGCGAGCUCUGUGCCGUACCGGACAGUGCUGCUCCUUGUCAUACCCAAUCUGACACUCACGAGCAUGCACCCAUAUGACGUGAGACACUCCGGCACAUGACAUAUUUGGCUUUAAAAUGACGUCACGGCAGCGUGGGGCUCAGCAGGCAGGUCGUUCGUCAGUCUGAGAGAAGAGGAGCAGCAGGAGACGGACCAGCCUCCCUCUCUCCUCUCUGAUGACAAGCUCUCAUUCCCCCUCUCUCCAACUCCUCAGAAACAACUCUCAGCCUCCAGGACUCUCCUUCGCUUCGCUUCCCCCCUUUCUUCCUUUUUUCAGUUGCACCUCAUUUUUAUUUUUUUAACUUUUGUCUAACCCCUCCGCACCUCUCAACACCUCCAGAGAUGUGAGUAGAUAAUGAGGACCCCCUGCCAGCGGUGACUUCUCUCCUGCGUGCUUCAGAGAACCGAACAUCCUCAUCCCCCCCCCCACCCACCACCACCAAUUUUUUUUUGGACGCUCAUCUGCCUUUCAACAAUGUAGGAGAAGGUGCGCUGUCAUUUCAGCGACGAGGAUGCCAACUACAUGCCUUGUUUUUGCUCUCCGCAGCUUACAUCUUUGUCUCUCCAGCCGGGGAGGGGGGAAUGAAAGAUUUGCGUGAAGGCAAAGUUUGAGGGUACCUCUCCUUUGGUUUCCCGCUCACCUGUCCGCCUGCAAGCGCGUACCCCCCUUCUCCUUUAAACUGACAAGGAGGAAGACUGUCGCCAAAAGAACAAUUGACGAGCAACUUAAAAGAGACCUGACUAUUGUUGUGGUUCUUUCUUUAGUGGGAUCUGGAAGCGCUGUUGGAGGAAUUUGAUGUGCGCAACGUUGGAGGAUAUGGCUUAAAUAAUGGUUGCGUUACUGACAGCCGGAGUAAGGUCCGUCACUUGAGUGUUUUUAUCAGCUAUUGUCGACUUUGGUGGAAACCCAUCUAAAUGGGAGGAUACCUGGAGGACUGAGUCGGAUUCGGCAGUCGAGAAAAAUGUGGAUAAAACGGAGUGUUGCGCGCAGUCCGUCUGCUUUGAGGCCAGGCAGCUGUGUGGGGCACCGGGUGUGGAUCCUGCUGGCCAUGACCCACCUCACCCUGGACUUCUCCAUGUGCAGCCCCCUCAGCCAGGGUCUUGGGAUCAAACUCACGCCUAAGUCGGUGCCUCGCUCUCGACCUCGUUGGCAGCCGCUCUGGGACACGCCCAACAAGCUUCACUGGAGAACAGUGAGCCCGUUGGCCCGCCGGCUCCUAAAUGCUGUCCCUCCACCCCAAGACAGCAGGGCAGGGAUAGGACCAAAAGUCAAGGGUCAAAAGCAUCGGAAGCCAGUGCAUAAAGGACAAGCAGCAUGUAAGGAGUGCCGGUUGACAUACUCUCAAAUGGAGACAGGUGAUCCUUUGGCUGUAAUAGCCGAAGCUCCAGCCGCUUUAUCCAGUGGGAGCAGAGGAGACACGGUGAGGUUGUUACUUAGAGCCAGGAGGCAGCUCAAAUGGGACAGCUAUGACAAGUCUCAGGAGGGCCGGACUACUACAGUGGCCGGAUUUAUCGACUGGGGACCCACAGGGACAGAUAGCAUAGAUGACGAUGGCAAAGCGGAGCCCAACAUAACGCUGUCCACCAGGGUCUCAACCACCACAGUGGCCACAACCACUAGCACUACAACCAGGCUCUCCCAAAGGACGUUCACUAUGGUGACCACACCAGAGUCCAAGACGCUAAGCACCACCAAGGCCGCUGUCAGCGUUGGGGAGACUGUCAAACCACCAAAGCCAUAUGGGGAACAACCAGGUUUGGCAGUUCACCAGAUAAUCACAAUCACUGUGUCUCUCAUUAUGGUUAUCGCAGCCUUGAUCACAACACUCGUCCUUAAAAACUGCUGUGCGCAGUCGGGAAAUGGCCGCCACAAUAGCCAUCAGCGCAAGAUCCACCAGCAGGAGGAAAGCUGCCAAAACCUGACAGACUUCACCCCAGCCCGGGUGCCCAGCAAGGUGGACAUAUUCACUGCCUACAAUGACAGCCUGCAGUGCUCACAUGAGUGCGUUCGGACUGCCGUGCCAAUCUACACUGAUGAGAUGAUCCAGCAGACGCCUGUCUACAAGACUGCUUACAACGGAAACAGGCCCUCCCCCACUGAAAGACAACUGAUCCCUGUGGCCUUUGUGUCAGAGAAAUGGUUCGAGAUCUCGUGUUGACGAGCUGAAGGCCUUGUUCACUUCCUGUGGGUGGAAGAGACUUCCUGAAUUCACGCUCUGGAUCCAGUUGGAAACAAGAAACACACAAAACAGCUUCUUUUGUAAAAUAGUGUGAUCACUCUUUGGACACUGGUGAAGAUAUUUAUUUUUCUAGAGAUGACAAGCAGAGCAGCCACAACGCUGCCACUCCAUAUUUCCGGGAACGUACAGUCAUUUAGAUAUAGAUUAUAUAUAGGUAUAUUUACAGGAUGUGUGGGACAAGACUGUGGACGUCAAGGAUGUCUCAAGAAAAACAUUUGACAUUUGAAAACGGAACCCACGGAGCUGCUGUGGGUGGAAGAUGAACUGUAUUUCUGAACAAUGUGCCAAUAAUGCCACUAUGUGCCACAACCUGGAUAGAAGAAGUUUCAACAACAACUGAUGGACAUAACAAAGAGUGCUAUAUUAACCCUGUAUCGACUCCAACUACAUUGUUUUUUUUGUUUUGUUUUUUUAAAGAAAUGUGAAAGAUAAAAAAUGCUACAAAUGUAUUUGAAUAUGUUUUGAAAUAGUUUUAAGAAAUGUGUUGCAAAAGAGUCUAAAAGAUAUUUAUAUGAAGCAUAAAUCUAUUAGUUGGGAAAGAGAGAGGAUGGGGAAAAAAAGACACGGUAUUUGCUUUAUUGAACAGUUGAUCUUAAAACAUUGUUUCUAUAGGUCCCAUUUUAAAACAGAAUAGUUAUGUCUAUUUUUUUACACAGACGAGUCUACCACAGCCCUAACAGUGGAGGUCCGAAGCACUUGGAAAUCAGCACUGUUAAUUAAAUACUCGCACCCGAGCUGAGAUUAUAACAAAGAAAACAAUCUGAAAUACACCCAGUGCAAGCCAAUUGAACGCCCUCUCCAAUUGCUCAUUAUGUAAGAUUUGUACCUGAUUUGGCCAGAUGGAAAAACAAAGUACAGCAAAAGUUUCUGUGGUGCAGGAUCACUGCUGCAACGAGUCCCAUAGCAGCAAAUUCAUAUAUAGAUUGAGUGAGGACAGCCACAACACACUGCAUGGAGCUGGACAGGACAUUCAUACUGUCUCAGGUCUGUCUAGCUCUCUUGCACACUUUAUGUUGGUCUCAGUUUCAGCAGCUGUUCGGGAUAAAUUCCAAUGAUUGGUUAUGAUUUAGAUCUGCUGCAACGCUAAAAGGGUGGACAAGAUUCAAUUUGGGCUUCAAAUUCAAAUAAUUCAUGUGAUAAUUUGCAUAAAGAGGAAAGAGAUUGAAAAAUCCCUCCACGGAUAGUAAAUGAAUAUCCCCACACAACUCCCACAUUGGUUCCCUUUUGAUAAAUUAUUAUUGAAACCUAAAAAUCAGAAAGUCAAGAAGAACAUGAACCAAUUUGUUGAAGAUGGAGCAUAACAUUUUCCCCAGUUUUUCAGAAUGAAGAGUAAGCUGUGAAAGAGGUGCUGCAAAGUGGUGUCCCUCAGGAUCAAGAUGAUCUGCAUCAUGUGUUUCUAAUGCAAGAUGUAAGCAGGGAGGAAUUCCCUCACUGAAUGUGUGGUAAGGGUUAGUUAGCUCUCUCCUGAGCCAGAUCCACUCAAUACUUGAGGACAAUAUUUCUAGCAUAUCAGAAUUUCAGCUAUCACAGCCAGGAAGUUGGCUGUUGUGCACAAAUAGAUUGUUUUAAUUUGUGCCGAAGGAAGCAGAGCGCAAAUAUGAUACAGACUGAUGAAAGAGAAGGGGUUUCAUUUUGUUCUAUCAAAAACCUAAAACACUCCGUCAGUGUAUUGUUGAAGUAAGGGGAUUAUGACAAGCCAAUCAGCCGCUGCCAAAUUGGUUUAACCUAUCUCUUAAGUCAAGGUGAGGGAACUCCAUGGUCAGGAAGGACAGUAAAGCUCUCCUGAGAGCUUUCUAGCACCAAUAAUUAUAUUAUCAACCUCAAGCUCAGAAAGACAGAUUACCUUUGUGCUACGAAGCUUUUGAGGAAGUCGCCUAUGAGUCUACCUUUUAUUGUGCUGUGGGUUUGUACAAAGCACAAAUACAAUUCUGUAAUUGUAAACGUUUUUGGCUGCGGACAGCAAUAUGUACAGAUUUAAAAGGUGGGUUUUAUUGCUUGUCGACAGUGGACCUCCGGUAAUUCGCUUAGGUGGUGUUUAGGCUUGUACUCACUUCCUUACAGCAUUCAAGAAAACAGGUUGUCCCAGUAAGAUCAGUAUCUGUAAAUGCGAGCCAUUCAGGAGGUGCCAAGAUGGCCUGGGAUAAACACUGUGGUGCAAAACUCCUGCUUUUGCCCAUUCACAACAUGAAAACCACUCUCAUGAAUGACCCAUACCAAUUCAGCCUCACAUGUGUGUCAGGCUGAGGAGUUGCUUCUUUGACAUAACAUAUAUUUUUUUGAAUGAAGAGUGUUAUCUUAACAGUCAGAGGGUUACGAAAACUUACUGUAUAUUAUACACGUGUAAAUGUAUUUUCUAUAUAUUUGCUUCUAUUUGUGUACAGGUGUGUUCUAUUUUUCAAGACCUCUCCAGUUUUUGGGAAGGUUUCAGCUAGGUCGGGGAUAGUGUCUUUGUUUACAUGUGUAACUACAGUAUUUCUUUUAAAACACAAAACUAACCUUGUGCCAAGCUUCCUACCUGCACUUUCAAGCAGUACUUGUAUUAUAUCUUUAGCUAACCAGUAUAAUACUUCAGUAGACGCUGCAAUAGUUCAGAGACUGGAGAGUGAUUUCCAGGUGGAAGACCUGAAAGUAACUGAGUGCUGAGUGGAUCGAAGAAGUGUGAUCAUAUCUUGGGUUCUGCUGUGUUCAAAGUUGGCUGGGAAACCAAUAACUCUCUGUUCUUAAGCAUCAUUUCUACAUGAAUUCUAAUAUAGUGUUUCAUCACGUGAAUAAAAAAAAAAUGGUGUAGAUCCAACAGUAGCUGCCAAGAAACCAACUAAACUUGAUCUAGACUGGUUUGAAUUCAUUUGUCAUAAUUUCUCAUUUUGUAUUUGUAUAUACAAACUACAACCGCCCCAGAAAAUGUACAAUUCGCCACAUACUUUACUUUAAUGACUGCAAAACUAGCAUUUAUGAGCAUAUGAAAUAAUCAGGGAAGACGUCUAAAGAAAGAAUUAUGAAAGGAAGAUGAUGUGUUAAGUACUCUUUUGAUGCAAAUUGACCCAGUUAAAAAAUGCCAAGAUCAGACUCACAAACAAUGAUGUGGGAAGCCAUUCACUAAGAGUUAUUUAUUGAAGUUUUUAAAGGAUAAUUUUGGUGUAUUUCAACUGAGGCCUUAUUUCUAGCAGUACUAGCUGUUGGUUAGUCAGUCCACCACAGACUGCAAUAUAUCUAUUUGAUGGAUUAGAAGUAGAUAUCCAUUGUGCCCACAAGAUGAAUCCUUAUGCCUUUGGUGAUCCCUUGACUAGCAUGCUAACACGCCCGAGUUCAGCCUCACAGAGACACUAGAAUAGCUGUCGACUCUUAGUUUUGUAGCUUCAGCAAACAUUCCUAUUGGUUAUGAUGACACUGUACUCACUGAGUAAAUUGUGGAGAUCUGGAACACGGCGACAUAGCUGAAUUUAAGUCCAACCGGUUAAAACACAGGAGCAAAUCUGUGUGCACACAUAAGUACCACGUAGGUAAAAGUUCAUCCUUGAAGUCUGUAAGCUGACCUAAGCACCUUUAUUUUCUCUUACAAAUAACUUUAAAACGUUUCUUCAUAAGACUUUAUCUGACUGUUUGUAUACCCUGUCUGACUUCUUUUUAGAAAUGUCGAGUUCCAAGAUCUCAACAUUGAACUUGGUUGAGUACAGUGUUGUUAUUACUGACAGCAAUGAUGGACAAAAGUAUGGAAAUAAGACCUAAGUUGAAACCCAAAUUAUCCUUAAAGCUUACAUACUGAAGAUUGUUAGAGAUCUUGUGACCAUGCUUUGAAUUGCUGUUUCGUCACAAGAAUGUUCUUGUGGUUGCCAAGUUUCUGUACAACUAACACUGUCCCUGAUAAUUGUAAAAUGUGAUCCUACUGAAAAUCGGUGAAAUUUUAUACCAAGCUAAUAAUGAUUGUGUGCGACUAAUCUCGCAUCCUUUGAAACCUACAAAAUCAGAUAGUUUAAUGAAGCGAAUAUUUGACUUUUCGAAUUUCUUUGUGUUUCAUACUGUUGGGUAAAGGGUUUAUUGGGUCUUUACUUCAGUUAGCAUUGAAAAGCUUGUUUGCAUUGUUAGUAACUCUCGUUAAAACCAUGCUGCCAGCUAAAAGCAAUUUGCUUUGCAUUCUUGAAGGACACGCGGAAAAAUGUAACUUGCAGCACAUAUAACAGGCACGAAUAUCUGGAGACAUCGGCAUACACCCUUCCUCCUUUUACCUCUGUCUGAAAUCAAACUGAUAUGUUAGGAAAUGCCUUACUGCUUUCUUGCCUUUUCAGUUUAUAUUUUAGGACAGCUGAUGAGUGUGGUGUAUUAUAGGUAAGAGGGAGGAAAAUUAUUCCACUCCGCUGGUCAGAUUUGAUUCAGGAAACAUUAUCUGAGAGCAGUGCAGGCAAAGGCAGAGGGAACAUGGGGGGGGGGGUCUCUUAGAAAAGUCUUAAACAGACACCAAAGACUUGACAUGCCUUUUUCACAACAAAUGAUUUCGCGGCUCCCGUGUCUCUUCAGCAACCCACAAAACCUAUGCUCCCUUCAGCACAAACAAGCUAUCAAUCAGCAAAGGUUCUCCUGUCAAGAUGAAGGAUGUGCCACACACUCAUUUGCAGGGACUGUGAUUCCUGUUUGCAUGUCAGACCUACAGAGUGGAACUUAUUGACGUAUGUGUGUAUAUGUGAAUUAGGUGUCGGCUGAACAUCCCCAAAGCCAAGGUUUGUUUUUUCCCAUAUUAUUGGAAGCAUUCACGAGAGGAGGAAUCAAUGUAUCAACUCCGUUUAAUCAUGGCCUGUCUGAUUAGUGUAGAAAACGUAUUUCACAGCUGGCACUGAUGGUGACGAUGUAGAUUUUUAAAGAAGUCGACAGCAUGUCGCUCAAACAGCAAUGUGAGACUCAGCAGGGGGGAAGGAAAUAUGAAAAAUGAAGUCAUACUCAGAGGAAAGGAAAAAGUUUAUCUUCAUGGACUGAUACCCAUUUUUUUAGCCAUCAGGAAACUGUAGCUCCUCACUCUGCUUCUCCUCAUCGUUUCACAAAAUCACGUACUGUGCGCUUACUGUAUCUAAAGCGGAGGGCUCCGACUCUCCUCUCGGGUCAUGUUUUUACUUUUCUAUGUACAAGAGCUAAGGCACUGUCACUGUCAGUGCUUAUCAAUACAGUCAGACUUGAACAAAUGAAAACAACACUUAGUUUGCAACAUCACAAUACUCCCAUAAUCCCUCUGCUAAAUAGAGACUUGACCCAAAUCUGCCGUUCAUUUCCAUCAGAGGCCUCCAACGCUGUGGAUUGAGUGGCACAGCAAGGGAAUUUGGGAUGAAAGGAAACUAUAGAUCCAUGAUUGCUUGUUCCCUGAGAGUUGAUCAAUAUCAGAGCGGACAGAGGUGUAAAAAAAAUAAAUAAAUAAAUAUCAUAUGUACACUUUCAGUUUCUAGGGGUGAGGAAGUUGUUAUGUUUUUGUUUUUUAUUUAUUUUUGGGGGAGGGAAGGGCUUUUCACACGUGGGCACACAGUCGUUUUAUUCAUUGACGCUGACUUACAAUCACAAUUCAUAUCUACCAUGAAGGAACCUGACUCGAGUUGUGUUGUCGCCAUAAAAAUGAAGAGUUUGUACUUUGUGACUCUUAAACUUUUUAUAUUUGUGUUUAAUAUAUCAAUGAGUACCUCUGUUAACUUUUGUAUAAGACUAUAGUAUAUACAAACACACAUACACACACAACACACCUCCACAAAAGGGACUCUAGUCUGUCUCUGUGACGGCUAAAUGUUGUAUAACUUUUAUUUUGUGUCUUAUGAACCACAUCUCUUCCUUUUGUAGUUAUUGGUAAACGUUUCGAUUUCCAGGUGACUUUGAUUUGGUUACUCUUGUACUACUAAGCUCUGUAUUUGCAAGCACUGUAAAUGCGAUUCUCAUUGGAUUCGUCCUCUGUACAUUUAGUACUCUGAUGUUGCUAUUAAUAAAAUGUAAAACAACA